AAAAAAUAUACAAAGCCUUCUACUGUGGCAUGGUACAAGACUCGGAAACCUGCGCAGAGAGAAUGGAUAAGGUAGUCCGAUCCGUCCCCCGCGUUGGUGAGAAGUAAGAAAAGAAGCAAGAAAAGUCUGCGAAGCUGGAAACCAUAUAAAAAGGGGUCGUACACCUGCGGCCGCCAGUUCUGCGUCGGAAGGAUGCUCAAGUUUGCAGUAAUCUUGUCGUUGUUGGCCAUCGCUGCGCACGCGCAGGAUGCGUCCCGUCCUAUCAUUAACACCAGUGGGGGCCAGAUCCAAGGUGUAACGUCCAGCUGCGGCCUGUUCUGUAGCUAUUUCGCGUUCAACGGAAUCCCGUACGCGCAGCCUCCGGUCGGUGAUUUGCGCUUCCGCAACCCCCGUCCGCACCAGGGCUGGCAGGGAGUGAAGGAUGGUAGCGAGCACAGGGAAACCUGCCCGUCGGGCGGUUUCCUAGGCGGUGUGUCGGGCAGUGAGGACUGUCUCUACCUGAAUGUGUACACGCAGAACUUGAUCGGAUCGCGCCCGGUUAUGGUUUGGAUUCACGGUGGCUCGUUCACCGGGGGUUCCGGCAACUCGUGGAUCUAUGGCCCUGACAACCUGGUACCGGAAGACGUAGUGGUCGUCACGAUCAACUACCGUCUCGGCAUUCUUGGAUUCUUCAGCACGGACGACACGCACGCGGCCGGAAACUGGGGCAUGAAGGAUUGCGUGAUGGCGCUGCAGUGGGUGCGCCAGAACAUUGCGGCUUUCGGCGGCGAUCCGAACAACGUGACCAUCUUCGGUGAGAGUGCCGGUGGAGUGGCCGUGCACUUCCUCGUCCUGUCGCAGAAGGCGUCCGGUCUGUUCCACAAGGCGAUCGCCCAGUCCGGCACGGCCCUGGUGCCAUGGGCGUUCCAGUACCGACCGCGUGAGUUGGCCUACCAUCUGGCCGAUAAGUUCGGUUACUCGCACGAUAGCGCCCAGUUGGUGCAGAGCCUUCGCAAUACACCCAUCGAGUCGCUGAUCAACGCUCAGGAUGGCUGGUUGGACAUUCCGAUCCCGCGUGGCUUCAAACCGUUCGACUUUGUCCCCAAUGCGGAACCGGUUAACUCGCCGGAAGAAACCUUCCUUACCCAGCUGCCGAUCGAUAUCCUCAACGCCGGCACGUUCAACCACGUCCCAUUCAUUGCCGGAUACAUGAGCAUGGAGAGUCUGUUCAUGGUGUACGAGCACACGAUCGAUAGCACCGUGUGGCAAUCGUUCACGCAGAACCCGGAUUACUUCGUGCCGCACUUCUGGAACAUUCCGCACGGUACGGCCGCAUCGGCUGCCGUCAGCCAGGGCUUGCGCAAUGCGUACUGGCAGGAUCGGCCGCUGAACGACAACAUCAUGGUCGAGUGGCUCACCUUCCACACCGACCAGCAGUUCAUCUACGGCAUUGACAAGACGAUCCGUCUGCAUGCCCAGCGAUCCUCCGCCCCGACCUACUACUACCAGUUCAGCUUCGAUGGUGACCUCAACCUGGUCAAGCGCUUGCUGCUGCUAGGCAGCUGGCCCGGUGCGAUGCAUGCCGAUGAUAUCCCGUACCUGUGGUCGGUGACCGACCUUACGCUCUCGCCAAUCCUGCCGACGAAUCAUGCCCGUACCGUAAGCAACCGGUUCGUCCGUAUGUUCACCAACUUUGCCCGGUUCGGCAAUCCGACCCCGAACGCGGUCGACACACUGCUGCAGAGCCGCCAGUGGCUGCCGGUCACCUCCGCCACCGUGAACUACAUGGACAUUGGGCACGACCUGACGACCAGCGUCAACCCGAACGGACAGCGUACGGCCGUUUGGCAUGAUCUCGAGGCGCGCUAUGCCAACGAUCCGUUCCGUUUCCCGCGCAACUGAGGGCUAUAGUCCCGGUCGCACAAACGCAUCUGAUUAUCAUAAGAGGUUAUAUACGAGCGAUCGCUUGUUUCGC